CAGCAGUGAAGGGAGGCCACAAUCAAUCUGACACAGAGCAAGAGACACAAGAACCUUCAGUGACGCAAGAAAACGCCAGACGUUCAGAAGGUCCAGAGGAGGACAGAAACCUGAAGCCGUUUGGCACCUGCAGAGGAGGGUGUGGACCUUACCGAUAGAGAGGGAAAAAAAACGAGAGAGGAUUGGACGAUUGCUUUUCUCUGAGUGGAAUUGUCUGCGGUUUCCCUGCCGGUUGUGUUUGUGCCUGCAAGCAGGUGCAAUGCCUGCCACGUCACCACAGCAGGUGGGCAGCAGGGGGCGAUGCAUCGCUCUCCUGCACCCUCUGCUAUCUCUCCUCCUGAUAGCAUUGGCAACCAGGCCUGGUCAAGCCACCAUCAAUAUACCAUCCAAAUACAAAAUAAAGGACUUAAAAAGCCCCCCAGUAAUUACCGCCCAACCUGAAUCUGUUACCACCUUUUCUGCCGAUGACAUCACACUCACCUGUGAGGCAACUGGGAAUCCCUCACCCACGUUCCGAUGGGUAAAAGAUGGUGUGGAGUUCGACCCAUCCAAAGACCCGGAUCUGUCGGUGUCCAGAGAUUCUGGAACCUUUUCGUUGACAGCCAAGGAUGGACCAAUCCACAAAUACCGGGGCAGAUAUAACUGCUACGUGUCUAAUGUACUCGGCACGGCUGUGUCUAAGGAAGCUCGUAUUGUCACAGAGAACACGCCCAGCCAACAGAAGGAAAAGAAGGUGGCAAAGAAAGUGGAGGAAGGAGAGAGUGUGGUGCUUCCCUGCUUUUCUCCGAACAGCACAGUGGCUCCAGUAAUCCACUGGAUGGACAAGAGGCUGCGGCACAUUCAGCAGAAUGAGCGUGUGAUCCAGGGCCUUGAUGGGAACCUGUACUUCUCUCAUGUGACUGUGGAAGACAACCGUGAAGACUACACCUGCAACACUCAGUUCCCCAGCGCCCGUAUCAUCAUGCUCAAGGACCCCAUCAAACUGACUGUUGUCGCCUCUAACUCAGUGGUGCGUAACAGAAGGCCACAAAUGCUGCGACCCACCGGCUCCCGCAGCAGCUACCUGGUGCUCAGUGGCCAAACCCUGGAGCUGGAGUGCAUCGCUCAGGGCCUACCUUCUCCCAAAAUCCAGUGGAUCAGGAUCGAUGGAGCCCUGUCUGAGUCACGUUCUUCCAAAGACAGCUUUGACCGAAUUCUGCGCUUCAGGAACAUCAAUGAGUCUGACAGCGGCGAGUAUCAAUGUACCGCCACCAACGUGCAAGGCAUCGCCACUCAUACCUACAGCAUCACUGUAGAAGCCGCCCCAUAUUGGAUCAAAGAACCAAAGAGCCAGUUGUAUGCACCUGGAGAAAAAGUUGAACUGGAAUGCACGGCUGACGGCAUUCCCAAGCCAACGGUCACCUGGAGCAUCAAUGGGAAUCCUCUUUCUGAUAUAGACCCAGACCCCAGACGCACAGUGAAGCGCGGCACACUUACCUUGAAGAAUUUGGAACGGAGUGACACUGCUGUGUAUCAGUGCAAAGCUGCCAAUAAGCACGGAACCAUUCUCAUCAAUGCCUACGUCUAUGUUGCGGAACUGCCUCCCCAGAUCCUGACAGAAGAUGGUCUCAUGUACUCAGUGGCAGAAGGACAGAAGAUUGAUCUGGCUUGCGAGACCUUUGGCUCUCCUCAGCCCAGUGUCACAUGGGAGGGGGAGUCCUGGGGUUCUCUGAUCGCCAAUCCCAGGAUGAUUCAGACACCUGAUGGCUCUCUGCAGAUCAAUAACGCUUCCCUCAACGACAGCGGCCAGUACACGUGCACAGUUAAAAAUGACAAAAUCACCAUCACCGCAGAGCUGGAUGUACUCAAUAAAACAGUCAUUGUGAAGCCUCCGUUAGCUCUGAGAAUCCAGCGAGGGAAACCAGCCACCCUUACCUGUGAGUAUCGGGAAGACUCCAGACAGGACACUCCUCAGGUCCAGUGGAGGAAGAAAAACCAGAAGCUCUCGGAGUCCGUUGAUUCCGACAAGUACAUGAUGGAUGGGUCCAACCUCAUAAUUCCUGAGGUGGAGGAAGGCGAUGAAGGGAUUUAUACCUGUGAGGUCAUUACCACUCUGGAUGUGGCUGAAGCGAGCGGCUCCAUUACUAUCGUUGACCGACCUGAUCCCCCGACCCUAGUGCAGAUUGUUGAUCCGGAAGAUCGCCGUGUUACUCUCAGCUGGACACCUGGAGACGAUCACAACAGCCCUGUGCUAGAGUAUUUGAUUGAGUUUGAGGAGGUGGGAUCUGAAAGAAAUGAAUGGGAGGAACUGGACCGUGUCUUGGGCAGCAAGCAGCGACACGUUCUUCCCCUGAUGCCAUUUAUUUCCUAUCGUUUUCGGGUCAUUGCAAUCAACGAAAUUGGCAAGAGUGACCCAAGCAUGCAGACUGACCCCUACCACACACCAGCAGCUCCUCCAGACAUCAACCCUGAAGGUGUGCAAAGCGAUUCCUUCGAACCAGACACCCUUGUCAUCACAUGGAAGGAGUUGGACAGACAAAGUUUCAAUGGACCAGGUUUUCGCUAUAAAGUGAUGUGGAGAAAGGCUGUGGGCAGCGGCCCCUUAUUUCACAUAAACACCACCACCUCCCCACCCUUCAUCGUCACAGAUGUUGGCAACUUUACAGCUUUUGAAAUUAAAGUGCAAGCUGUCAAUGACAUGGGAGAUGGUCCAGAAGCCAAAUCCACCAUUGGAUACUCUGGAGAGGACUACCCUAUCGAGUCCCCUCUGGAAGUGGGCGUUGAUUUGAUUAACAGCACAACUAUUAAAGUGACGUGGGCACCUGUGAACAAAGAAACUGUGAGGGGUCUUCUGCAGGGAUACAAGAUCUAUCUCAUGCACUACGGCCCUGAAAGCAGACACCUUCGACGAGAGCGUGUUAGGGAGGGAAAGCCGACCAACGUCUCAGUUGUGAUGACGAAAAACACAAAGAAGACUCUGGGAGACCUACAGCCUUACUCGCACUACGCCCUGAGUGUCAGUGCCUUCAACAAUAAAGGAGAAGGACCCCAGUCGGAACCCCUCACUUUUCACACGCCGGAGGGAGUACCUGGUCCACCAUCAACUCUGCUGCUGGAUAGCCCAUCAGAAACAGAAAUUACCCUGCGUUGGACUCCGCCUUCCCAGCCAAACGGAGUCCUGAUUGGAUAUGUACUGCAGUAUCAACAAAUUGGCAACAAAGGCAGUCCUUUGCAGGAGGAAAUGAUUGAUGGACACAGUGCAUCUCAUUUCACCUUAAAGAAGCUCGACCGUCACAGUCGGUACCGAUUCAACCUGAUGGGGCGCACCGCUCCUGGUCAAGGCCUGCCAUUCACACUGGAGGGUGCCACCACACUGGACGGAGGUCCCCCCUCCAACAUUAGCUUAUCGAUCGGAGAGACAUCAGUCAACCUGACCUGGGUGUCGAAAGAAAGACAGAGGAACGUUGCUUUCCUGAUCGAGUACCUGAAAAAGGACGGUUGGAGCAAAUGGAAGACUUCAGAAAGAGUGAACACCUCUCAGUCUUUCUACACAUUACAGGGGCUCCAGCCCGGAUCCCAGUAUAGUCUGCGCUUUAACUUCAGCAACAACACUUUCUAUAAAACUGAGAUUGUGACGGCAGGAGCAAGAGUCAUGGAGGUGCGAGGUGGAUUUGUCACUGAAGGCUGGUUCAUAGGACUCAUCAGUGCACUUGUGCUGUUGCUGCUGAUACUGCUUAUUCUCUGCUUUAUAAAACGGAACAAAGGUGGAAAGUACUCAGUCAAAGAAAAAGAGGACGGCCAGAUAGACUCGGAAGCUCGGCCAAUGAAUAACGAAGCAUUUGGAGAGUACAGAUCUCUGGAGAGUGAUACUGAGGAAAAGGGGACAGCCAGUCAGCCGUCCCUGUGCGAGGACAGUAAGUUGUGCACCGAUGAUACUCUGGAUGAAUAUGGAAACAGCAACAGCGUGCAGACUGAGGUCAUCAUGGACGAGUCACUGGCCAGUCAGAGCAGCGGAGUCCGAGAUCCCGAGACUCAGGAAAGUUCCCCUUUAAAUCCUGCCACAGCUAUGUCCCACCACGGCCUGCCCAACUCUGCCGCCCUCCUUGACUAACCUGGCGAGCUCAAGACCAAACGUGGAUUCACAUGUGCCCACUUGUUGCAACCCUUCAUGAUUGACCAAUUUAUCAACACCCCAUAAUUGAGACCUUGACACCAAACAGAUGCCAAGAAAGCACACCAGGUGCACUGCUGCAGACACAAUUUGGACCAACGCAACUUUUAACAGAGCCAGAAGGAAGCAUUCACUUGACAUAAAACACAUGGACUGCCGUGCUCCUAGUUUACAGAUGUUAUCAUUCGUUUUUUGAUAGUUCUAUAAACCGUGUAACUUCCAGAAAGGACUUCUUUGAUAAUCCAGUGAAGCAAAUGUUAAGCUCCUGUGGCGGAUGCUGAAUCAAAUGUAGUUGGAUUUACCUGUAAGCCGAUAUGAAAGUGUUGUGAAAGAAGUGCGAGGCCCUUAAAUUUGUCAUUACGUGUGUUGUGUAAGCAUGUAGAUGACAGAUGAAGCUAAAAAUUGGUUACAAAAAUCGAAUCAAUUUAUCAUGUUUUGUGCGUCUUAACCAUUUUAUAUUAUUUUUGGCGUUGUUAUCGCCAUGAUUUACAUAACUUGCCUGCAUCAUGUUUUGUUACCAUUUUGAUUGUUUUUAUUGAUCAUUUUUAUGUUAUGUCAUUAAUACAUGAUUCCUUUGUCAAAAUGCGUUUUAAUAGAAGAUACAUAUCUGCAUCCCCUCAGUUACAAUUUCAGAGUUCCGUAGUGUAAAUAUAUACGAUGCAAUGAUUCAACGACAUCAGAUCGUUUAUAGCAAAUUGUACAUAUAAGCAUCUAUCAAUUUAGCCAAAUACAGUAUUAUACUCUCAUCUCCAUUGGUUCCUGUGCCUGCCUACAAAAACAUACUCCACCACCAUCUCUAAGCAUUUUGGAAUGCUCCUCUCUGUAUAUGUCCAUUUUUUUGUUAUUUCGCAGUGUAUUAAACUGUUUUGACGGACUCUCUCGUGCAGUCCUGUUGGUGAAAGCCAUAAGAAUACACAGAAGAUGUGUAGUCAAAUUUGAGGUAGUUUUGAGUCAGAUAGGGUUGUGAGAGAGCACAUCACACACAGACAUCCACAGUUUUAUUUGGUUGCGUAAAAUGCAAUCAUGUAUGUUCCGUCUUGUGUCUUAUUACGCAGAGAAUGUAUGCUUUGUUUGGGUGGAAACUAUGAUUCCAUACCAGGAUACCAAAUAGCAUUAAUUCCUUUUUUUGUCUUUACCUCUUUCGAUAAACAAAUAUAGGAAUCUAUGGCACAUCUGGUAUAUCUCAAGAGAGGGGCACAGAGGAAAAAUCUUAAUUUUCAGAUGAAUGUAAAUAUGGCCCAAAAGAUUGUUUGUUAUGAUGUUUCAAAAUUACGUGUCUUGUUGAUUGUUUUAGGUUUUGUAACGGUUCAUUUGUUUCAAUUUUGUAACUUUUUUUAACUUUAGAGUAGCUUGUUAGUUGUGAAAUGGGCGUGUUUAGAUGAGUAGUACGUAGUUUUAAGAACCUAAAAAGUGCUUUGAUAAUUGAAUGUUGCAGUUUCUAAAAAAAUAAUUGGAUUAAGAAAAACUGAACAUUACUCCUGACAACAAACCAGAUUCCACCUGUAGAUUCCCACGUGCCGAGGAAUGGCAGUAUUGUGCGUAUCUGAUUAAAAUCCAUCACCGCAGGUGUAGUGCAAGAGGACAAAAUAAUAGACACACACUGCUGCACGCUACAAGGGAGCAAUAGAAACAUGCCGACCGUCAUGCAGAGAUCCUUGCAGUGUUUCCCAUAGCUUUGGGGGCCAGACUGCAAGUUCUUAUUUAGAUCUUUACAAAUCUAGAUAGCCUCCCUCACAAAAGCUGUAUAGACACACUCAGGUCUCUCAUAGAUCUAUUUUCUUACAGGCGAGGGAAAGUGAUGCAAAAUAUAUUCAACUCAAUAUUCACCAGAACUGCUGCUAGCCUUGUGUAUUUUGUCGGUGUCAUGACUGUGUUUUGAGAUCAGAGAUUGAGAUAACUCUCAGAUAUUCACUGUACUGCCCUCAACUGCAGAGAACAUAGGGCACAGUUUGGUUUGAAGCUCGAUAAGUAAAUAAACAUCGCCAUUUCUGUUGUUACCCGUUAAAUGUACCCAUUCAUAAUCCAUGAAAACUCAUCUUUCAUCUACUGUAGGCUUAACCCAUAAAUAAGCUUGACCUUAUAGUCUCUGAAUACUCUUGUAUGUUUUGUUUGUUGCUGCAUCUGUUGUGAAAAUAGAUGAACAGAUGAUUAACAGUGAGUGGGGCUGUGGGGUUGCCGUACGGGCGGGGUCACAUUCUCCUGCCGUGUUGGUCUGUACUACAACGGUGAAAUGGACUGAAGGGGUCUAUGAGGGUGGGCUGCGUUAACUUAAUAUGAACUGAAUUAUGCUAUUGUAUGUGCAACACCAAUCAGCAAGUGUAAGUAAAUACUUCUUAAAUAAAAUCAAUGGAAUCAUCUAAAUCUGCAACAAA